CUCACCAGGCUCCACUCCCUGCGUUCCCUCAGUCUCCAUAACAACCUGCUGACCUACCUGCCCCGGGAGAUUCUCAGCCUGGUCCACCUGCAGGAGCUCAGUCUCCGUGGCAACCCCCUAGUUGUGCGCUUCGUCAAGGAAAUGACGUAUGACCCUCCGUCGCUGCUGGAGCUGGCGGGACGUACCAUCAAGAGCCGGAACGUUCCAUACUCGCCCUGCGACAUGCCCUGUCACCUGCUGCACUACCUAGACCUGGCCAGCAAGUGCCCCAAUCCUAAGUGUGCCGGUGUGUACUUUGACUCAUGCGUGCGCCACAUCAAGUUUGUGGACUUCUGUGGGAAGUACCGGCUGCCCCUCAUGCACUACCUGUGCUCCCCAGAAUGCACCUCACCCUGCAGCUCCAACCCCCAGAGUGACGCAGAGUCAGAGGAUGAGAUCAGCGUGCCCGCUGACCGCCUGCAGAAGGUGCUGCUGGGAUAGCAGGAAGUGGAGAGUCCUCUGGUCGUAACCAUGAUAAAGGAAUUAAAUCUGACCCCUCUGGUCUCUCGUGUGUGUGACACUAGACUCAGACACAAACACACAUAUGAGAGAUGUCUUUAGAGGUGUGUGUCCCCGGGAACCUAUUGACUGUCAGUAGCAAUCUAAAAUUGGGGGACAAAUUGUGAGGGAUCUCCUGGAAAAGCAUAGGAGGGCAGUAGAAAACAUAACUAUUGCCAACUCGCUAUGUUAGCCAUUGAAAGGGGUUUUCAUGAUUUUCAAACACCAUCACGCCUUUCCUAAGAAUCAGGAUAUGAACAAUGUGAGAUUUCCAAGUGCCGGAAAAGUGUGUGACCCAGUACUCUGUGAAAGCUUUGUUUUCUCUCACACACAGGAAGUCGAUCUAGGUUGGCAGAGUGUGUAUGCACACCUCACAGCACAAUACACACAUUUACUGUGAAAGGAGAAGACCUAACUAAUCUGACAAGAUGCAAUGAAAGUUGGUAUUUCCAGCCCUGGGUUUUCUCUAAAUAUAGACAGUUCUAGAUGUAUUUUGAUCUGUGUGGGAACAUUUACACAAUGUCCCCAGAAGGUACAUGUUCAAGGUGAACAGGUACUACAGUAGUUGGUCUUUAAGACAUUAUUAAGACUAAAAAUGCUGGUCUAUUGUUACAAUACUAUGAAGAAGUGAAAUUAAAUGGAAGGAACAGCAACCAAAAACCUACUUUUUGCACCCUGAAAUAUGUGACAAUUCACCAUUUGAGUUUGUUUUUUGUUUCCUGGAAGUGAUUUUCUAUUCGUGAUCCUAAACCAAUGUGAAAAAAUCAUAUUUCUUUUGUAGCCUGUACUGCGCUUAUACAAAUCCAUCAUUCCACUGUCUGACACACAUUGGCUCACACUAAUACAGUGCUUUUAUUGAAGCUGACUUAUGGAAUAUAAUAUAGUACUCAUACAGGUCGACGAUCUGUACUAAAGUAUGUGCACUUUUCCCCUUUAAUAUAGACUGUACAGUAUAUAAUAUCACUAAUAAAGUUUGAUUUGCAUAUGUAAAA